GGCUCGUCGAGAUACUGUCGACAUCAUCGCAUACCGUAGCCUGCACUCCUUUCUGUCACCUUCGUUUUCUUGUCUCUGCUUUGUCUUUGCCACCGAAUAUAGCAGGACUUACCAAGAUUCACACUACACGGCAUCAUCAGAUUAACUUUUUUCUUUGUUGAAACAAUUUUGCCAACAAGCCUAUUCCUUUUAUUUCCGCCAGGCCGCACUUUUCUUCUCUCGUUUUUUUUUUCACCGCUCGCUCCAGGUGGCAAAGUCGUCCAGUCGUGUUGGCCCAACUUCACGACACCGACUUUUAUCAACCAACAAGCCGUUGCUUGCCCGGCCAAAGUCUCAAUAUAUCGACUUUCCAUGGACUAGAUCAGUCCUGAGGUGCAUUUUCAGCCCGGUUUGUCUCCCAAAACAGCCGCCGAGGACGACCCCCCCAAAACAGCGACGUACGCCAACCACCUAGCCGCGCAAAAACCGCCUGAGGGCGUCAGUCCACGCAAUGUCCACAGCGCUACCCCGACCCUCGCGCCCAUCCAAUGGGCCUCCGAACAUCGCCCUUCCCGCCCUCCCAGUUCUUAAAACUCGCAAGAGCAUGGGAAAUCUCCCGACCCCGACAGCUCCCUCUACUCCUGGCAAAUCUGGCACUUCAGCAUUGCCUUCAUUACCACAAAAGAGCAGCCUUCGAGCCCCGUCUGCGCAUUUCGGCCCACCAACCCCAGCGCCUACGUCUGCGCUGCCUCAGCCAAAAGGGCUCUCAACCCCUGUCACCCCUGCUAAAACUCUUAGGAAGAGCCUCAGCAUUAACUCGUUCCCUCAACCUCCGCGGGACAACAGAAUUAGCAGUUUGCCUACCAGCCCCCUCGCCGUCAGCAAGUCGCAAUCCGCCAGACGUCCGAAAACCUCAAAGGAAAUCCCGCAGAGCGCCUUCAACGUUGCCACACCAAGCCUGCUCAACGGCGGUGGCGAGGGCAAGUCUGUUGGCAUUCGCACCUCAGACGGCAUCAACAGCGUUGGAUCACCACCCCAGAGUCGUAGUUCGUCGGCACAGGACUCAUAUUCCACUUCGGCCACUACCUACGACGAACCUGCCGACGGCAUGACCCCCAAAGGCGAGCCGGCGCCUGUUUCUAGCCCAACAACGACCGAAAAACGAAGCUCAAAAUUAGAAGGACAAGGCAAUGUCGUCGUCAGCGUCCGAGUUCGUCCUGAUACCUCGGCGGGCAAGGAGAGAAACGAUGCCGAUUGGGUAGUCGAUCCACGAAAGUCGUCCAUCCUCUACCGAGGCAAAGAAGGAGGUGACCAUCAUUAUGAUAAUGUUUUUUCCACACACGACAACAAUUCGCGCGUUUAUGACCACAUUGCAAAGCGAUUGGUUCGAAGAGUUAUGGAAGGAUACCACGGCACGGUCUUUGCAUAUGGUAUGACUGGUACUGGCAAGACGUUCUCCAUGCAAGGAACCGCCACAUCACCUGGUGUGAUCCCCUUGGCUAUUACCGACAUUUUCUCCUACAUUCGCGAGACGCCUUCGCGAGAAUUCCUCUUGCGCGUGAGCUACCUUGAGAUUUAUAAUGAGAAAAUCCAUGAUCUGCUGAGCAUGCCCACUGCCAGCGGUGUUGGCGGUGCAGCCCCUCAAGAAGAGAUUAAGCUCCGCGAAGACGCCAAGCGCGGAGUGUAUGCCACCCCGCUCAAGGAAGAAAUCGUACAGAGCCCAACACAGCUGUUGCGAGUAAUUGCACGCGGAGACCAAGCCCGACGAACUGCCAGCACACAAUUCAACGCCAGAAGUUCGCGAAGUCACGCAGUGGUACAGAUUGUUGUCGAAAGCCGUGAACGUUUACCUGGUGCUGGCUCUGAUAUUACCAACAAACGGUCUGCUGCCAUCGUCCCUGGAGGCGUACGUGUCUCAACCCUGAGUCUCAUUGAUCUUGCUGGUUCGGAGAAGGCUGCUGAAUCCAAGGAACGACGCCAGGAAGGUGCUCAUAUCAACAAAAGUUUGCUGACACUCGGUACCGUUAUCGCCAAACUAUCGGAAUGGAAGGACAAAGGAGGCAAGGCUGCCGACAAGGACGGAAAGCAUUUGCCAUACCGUGACAGCAAGCUCACACGUUUGUUGCAAGGAGCGCUGUCAGGUAACUCUCUCAUCAGUAUUCUUUGCACCAUUCAGAUUGGCGCCCCUGGUACGCCAGCUGCCAACGGUACAAACGUGAGCGAGACUCUCAGCACGCUUAAGUUCGCUUCGCGUGCCAAGAACAGCAUUGUCAGUCACGCGAAGAAGGCAGAAGAGGCGCUUGGUGCUGGUGGUGAAGGCGGUGCUCGUGUGUUGCUCGAGCGCUAUCGUAUGGAGAUUGUAGAGUUGAGACAACAACUUGACUCUCAAUCAAAACGCAAGGCGUCUGGCGAGGAUGAAACAAGCAAAGAAAUCAACGAAGAAGAAGAGCGCGCACGCGAGUUGGAAGUGGAAGCAACAGAACGCCGCGAGGAGCAGAUGGUGGAGAUGCAGCUAGCCCGAACGGCGCUGAAGGAACGCAUCGAACAUCUGAAUCGUCUUAUCCUCAGCUCCAAGUCUAUUGGCGUUAACACAAAUGGCUCGCUCAGCUCGUUGGGCCAAUAUGGCCGCUUUUCUCAAAUAUCGCUAACAGGUUCUAUUCGAUCUUCUGUGGUAACCCCCACUGCAGGUGCCUUUGAUCGCACGUCGUCCAUCACCUCUGCGUCCACCAUUGGCCGACAAUCUAUCUUCGCACCCAAAAUGAACGCAGAUGGCGAGAUCAUCGAGAAUGAGGAGGAGACCUUGGGCGAGUUUGCUGAUGGCAACGCAUCACUAGCUGCGCAGAACCAAGCUCUCCAGGCAGAUUUGGCGGAUAAGAACCGCUAUAUUGCUACUCUGGAGAGGCGUUUGCUGCAGGCCCGAAGGACGAGCUCAUCACGUAUGUCGGUAGGCUUGUCAGCUCCUAGCAAGGCCAUUAUGGUUGGCGAGGACCACAGCGUGUCAGCAGUGCUUAAGGACAAAGACGCCGAGAUUGCGGACCUGCGAGCCAGAUUGGAUGACAAGGACCGCAUGCUUGCCGCGUUGCGCAGCGCCGUUCGAUCAAAGGACACAGCAGACGCUUCCAGCGAGCGACGAUUGUCUGAUAAGGGUCCUAACACGGGGUCUGGUGCAGCAACCGUGGCACCUGUCCGUCGACGAACGCAGAGUGUGGAUGAGAUGAACAAGGUCCUGGAGGAAAUGAUCCAGGAUAGAGUGGACAGCGGCCAGAUUAUUCGCAAUGCUCGCGGAAGUGUCCGCCUGCCUUCCGGACUGAAGCUAGACACUCCAGCUGACGCAAUGCAACAGAUGGAGCCUCUGCGUAAGACGCCGUCUCCUCCUGGCACUGCCCACGCCCACGAAGCCCCAGCCUUUAUCACUGUGGAACCAGCUAGCUCAUAGAGAGACAACGUGAGAGAUGUGGUGAUGGUUGCACAAAGGCAAUGGACUAUUGACUCGGCGCAUCUUCUUUGACGGCAUUGCAUUCCUCAUUGCUGAUAUAUUGGUUUCUUUUUUUUUCUCUUGGAGGAUCGUACAAGCCCACUGGGAUAAACGAUCGCCGGACUUCAUGCAUGAAAGCGAGUUUUUGUAUUGGUUUUUUUUCUUGUCUUUCGUUUUACUGCGGUUUUUGAGCAGGAGCUACUGGAUGUGUGUUUUAUUUUCGCAUGGGAGUUUUUGGCUCAACUUUCCUUAUACCCGGCGUGUUGAGGCCUUGACGGCCAUGCUGACGGUUCUCUAAUACAGGAGAGACCUAAUGGAUGGUGCUGGCGGCCAGUAACACGGCCUUUGUCUGUUUGAUGGCUUUUUUAUUUUCUUGAUCCGACUUCACUAUUAUACUAUAUAUUACACAAGACGAAGACUAUGGACGAAGAAGAGGAGGAUGAGUAGAUAUCUGUCUGGUUCGAAGCCGAUACCCCCAUUGGUUCUGUUGGCUGUUUACCCUUUUUUAAGUACAUUGCUUACCAUGAUGAGAAAUAAAGACAUGGAAUAUUUUACUACCCUUGGUGUCUGUGCAACAAACCUGUAGUGUGUGUGACAAUGGUGCUAACAAAAUUGUAUGACCAACUUGAUGUUAGCGUACCAAAGCGUCGGGUUCCUUGUUGGACCACAUAGCAGGCUGAAGAUGCUGCUGCCAUGUGGCCAGCCCCCACGAUUUUACUUUUGUUAUACGUGUUGAAAAAGAAAAGAAAUUUGCAGAAAUGCCGCGAUUAUGGUCCCUUGACUUUACCGAAUACAGAAGGACUCUGAAGUGAGGCUAGCUAGAAGCCGAACUGGAAAGCGAGGCGAGGCGGAGGACAGAGGAGAAGCUAGGCUCGGCGCACGGACGUGGGCUAUGAACGGACGGACAGGAACGAGAAGUUUUGUUGGUCCGGCCACAUGGGAGGGGCGGGAUGAUGCGCGACAUUGAAGCUGGAUAAACGACCGUGCGCUGGGAUGUGAUUGGGAGCAUGUUUGUCAGGAUGUUUGGUUGGUGGUGGGAAGUGUAAUCGCUGUAGAAAAGAAAUAGAGGAGUUGUUCAGACCAUACAGUAGCCUGUUGGUGGUAUGGACGGCUGAGAAUACGCAAAUCCCAGCGGGACAGAAAUAGCCUAAUUAAAUAUGUUAUACUUUGAUAAUUGUACCAUAUGAAAUUUAUUAUCGUCUCUUGUUGAG